ACUUUUAAGAGUGAAGAUACUUUGAAACAAAAUAUUACUUCUACUAUUUUUAUGAAACAAGGUCUUCCCGAGCCUAGAAGUUGUCUUGAUCUCACUGUCCAAAAUGCUGCAAAUGAUUUUGAAAUAUUGAAAAAUACAUCAAAGUCUUUUAAGAGAUUUGGAAUUGGUAGCAAGAUUCCUAAGCUGAAGGUGAGUGUAUCCAAACUCUUUAAGAAUUCAUGAGGAUUGCUUGAAAUGGUUUCGAAUUCUGCUAUCACACAAGAGAUUGAAGAAGGAUAUAUUGAACCAGAUGAGGAUACAUUGAUGACAAUCAAUAACAAAUUUACAAAAUUAAUUAAAUUUGCUAGCAAAGUUCCUUUCUUUCUAAGUAUCAAGAAGAUUAGAUUUGGGCAAAAGAAAUUUGCGAGGCUGGUCUGUUCUGUUCAGAAUUGCUAUAGAUUACUCUUGGACUCAUGAGUUAUAGAAUCAAGAUGAAUAAAAUUUAAAAUAGGAAACAGCUGAAACUUAAAUAUCCUAUCUUUCAGACAAUGUGGAAGUGAUGUAGGCUCUUUGUGGAAAGAAAAAUUAGAAGAUUUUGAAUCAAUCCUAGAUGCAAUCUUUGAGUCACUUCUCAAAAUCUCAUUGAAUUCAAUCUAUGUUGACAAAUGAGGAAUUUCCAAGAAACAAAUCCUGAAUCUUCUUCAAAAAUACGAUCUUGAAAAUGCUCCUCUAAUCUCAGGAUCUCACCAAGACACCGACUUCGACAUCUUCCCCAGAUAACCCAUCACAAUUACCAUUUCAUCAGAACCAAGCCUUUCACACUAAUUCAACC